ACAGACUGGGUUCCUUCCAAUGUAUCUGAAGAAAGAGAUCUGGAUAGAGAUCCAAAUUAUGGUUUGGUCUACUACCUUCCAAAACCCAAUCCCCAUCCAUUCAACUUUUUUCUCUUCGAAGUUCCCGUUUUCAGAUCUUUUUUCUCUUUUCAUCAUAAACAUCUAUAUCUUGUUUAGAAAGGACAAAAAUCAUAUAUCCAUAACUCUGAACCGAGUUGAAGCAGAAGCGAAUGACAACGUUGGCACAACGUGACAGAAUUAGUGAUGCCAGGAGUAAGCAGUACAUCUAAUCUUAGACGAGUUAACGACCUAAUGUAUCCCAUGGAUGCUUCGGUCAGCACCAAUUUAAUUAAUUGUUAAGUCAAUAGCUUGUGGAGAUCCCACACACAUCCAGUGGUCUACGUAAGAGUUUCCGGUCACACCCUCCUUUUCGCUUCUUCCCUCUUCUCUUUUCUGAUCCAUCGCUUUCUUUUUACUUGCUUGUGUGUGUUUGUAGCCUUAUAUAUGUAUAUGUGGCCUUACAGCCCUCUCCAGGUUAAGUGCAACGUACAUUGUGAUAAAUAUCAAUAAUCAGUAAAGCAUGAAAGGAGAGAUUUUGCGUAAAGGGCCGUGGCUGCAAGAGGAAGACGAGCAACUAACCACCUUUGUUACUUGUCUGGGAGAACGAAGAUGGGAUUCCCUUGCCAAAGUAGCUGGACUGAGGAGAAGUGGUAAGAGUUGCAGGUUGAGGUGGAUGAACUAUCUUCGUCCAAAUCUGAAGCAUGGCCCUUUUAGUGUUGAAGAAGAGCAAGUCAUUAUUCAACUUCACCAGCAAUGGGGUAACAAAUGGUCAAAGAUUGCGCGCAGUCUACCUGGAAGAACUGACAAUGAAGUCAAGAAUUACUGGAGAACUCAUUUAAGGAAGAAAGCACGAGUAGUUAAACAAGGAGAUGAGUUCCCAUGUAAACCAGACAACACUGAACAAGGUGCCUUCAGUGAGGAAAACAUGAAUGAUAAGGCUGGCAAGGAUUACGACCAAAUCAACCUUGGAUGCCCAGAAAAUGUUGAGGAGACUAAGGAUAAUUCCUUUCAAGCCUGUCCACCAUCAGAAUGGGAAAUCACGAGUUCCCCAUACGAGAUACGAAUAUCAGAUUGGAUAGCAGAACUGCAAAAAGAUCAGAAUGAAAUAGAAUAUUAUGAAUAUCAUUGUAAUUAUAGCUUCCAGUCCGCUGAAUCUUAUUCUACAUGGUUUGACUCUGAUACGUGGGCUUGUUCUUAUUCAGGUUCCAUCUGGGACAUGAAUUGACCAUAGACUUCC